UCUUUUCCGACCACAUAUUGUCGGCAGCCUGAAUUCGAAACAAGCACCAACAUGCACUCUUCCGCCUAUCUCAUCAAGACCUUGAGUGCUAUCGCGCUUCUCUCCGCCGUGACUGCAGUUCCUCUCCAUAGUCGAGACGAAGACGAUGAUAGAGUUGAGGCUCCCUCGGCCGAGGAUCAGCCCUUGAUCCAACUACAGAUCCAUCCCAACAAUAGGACUGAUCUAUGCCUUGGUCAAAUCUCGCCCGGUCCCGUUGAGAACUCGACCCUAAGCAUUACCGAUUGCGACUAUAUCUCGCCCAACAACGAAACGGCUUUUUACUCUUUCUGGACCGCGUCCCAGAGCGACAAAGCCGACGACAAUCCAGCUUACGGCUUUGAGUUAAGGCUCAACGGUACAAACCUAUGUAUUGACACCCAAUACGGUAUUUCCAACUCGACCGCUAGGCUGGGUCGUUGCAGAGACGAUGCUCCCUCUCAGCAAUUGCUGUACAGCGACAACCGCCAAAUCAACGUCCCGCAGACCUUUACGUGCUUGGGUGUCGGUCAAUACAACUUCCCGGAGUUUCAAGAUUGUAUUCCCGAGCAGGUUGAACAGACCUGGACUUUUGAAGCCUUUCCCGGCUUGAAACAGAAGCCAAUGAGGACUGUGACCAACGCCACCAAUGACGCCAGCGAGGAAGACUGAGAUUGGCGAGCGUAGCGCAUUUUCCGGUUUCGAGACUAUUUAUUGUAUCACAGCAUGAACUAUACAGACAAGCGAUCGAUCUCAAGACGAACGCCACGGCG